UUAACCAGAGUUGAGAUCUCUAGCACAUAGUGCUAGUCUCGUCUACCAGAUGUCUCCCUUGGACAUCUGUUUCCAAAUGUUUCGCCGACAUAAUUCCUCCCAAAGUCGGCCGUGAACACGAAUCGAAACUGUUGCAACAUGCUCGUUCGAAAAUUCGAGGGAUCAACUAGCCGGACUUUCGUCGCAGUUUCUCUUAGGAGCGCUCUCGGCUUCUCGGCGAUCGAUUCGCCGCUGGUACACGUGUACUAGCCCAAGGUCUGCUUCUAACGGUGCGUGUUGAGGUCUCGAUUGGUCCGUCGAAGGCGAGCCAGUAGCGUAAAAUGGCAGUUGACAAAAACAUUGACGACUCGUCGGAGCGGGUGGCCGAUGAUAAAUUGGACCCGGCGGAAGAGAGAUCGCAAUAUUUCAAGAAGCUGGAGAAGUGGCUGAAUGAGGUGUACACUUGGCAGAGUGUCGCCGCGAUGUUCCCUUAUUACGUGAUAUCGGGGCACGUUGUGAAUCCGAUUGCCGCUUCAUCACCCUUCCAAACCAGUCAGGUAUCCACAGCGCCGACCAGGCCAAUAGUAGGGAAUGCAGAUGUGCAAAAUGAGAGGCAGAGAAGGCCUCAGGAACCGACAGGACCCUUCCAACCGCCAGGAACCGAAGGUUACGAAUAUCGCAUCCCUCCGAUUUGGAAAAGGUUCGCCGCGGAAUUUAUCGAUUCGGCGAUGUUGUUCCUCCUGAAGUUCUCGAUCUCGUUUAUCGCGAUUGAUGUCUUCGACUUUAUAGAUAUCGAGGACCUAGAUGUAUUGCAAACAAAUUUGCGUAUCGAUUACAAAAUGGCGCUGGAGAUGACUUACGGAAUUCUUAUAUUAGAGGUGAUCCAUCGUGUAAUAGUCUGUAUAUUUGAGGCUUUUUGGCUCCAGCACGGCAUCUAUGGUUUUAUCGGAGGCGCUACUCCCGGCAAGUAUAUGAUGGGCUUACGGGUGGUCCAAUGUCAAAGUGUAACUCCCGUGGAGCGACCUAACGAGCCGGACGUAGUCCUGGUCACACCCGGGACCGAUCUGGGCCUGCCGCUGGCCCUGGGUCGGUCGAUGAUGAAGAAUUUUGUGCUCGCCUUUCUGUUCCCCAUCUGUUUCUCAUUGUUCUUCUUCAGGUUUAACAGAACCGGCUAUGACAUCAUUUGUAAUUCCAUAGUCGUGGAGGAUGCCUAUAGGAACUUAAACAACAACAGAAUGCAACAACAGUAAACUGACUGAGUGCUCUGCUGUUGCUGCCAUACGCGAAAUAUUGUGAUGUGUAUAUAUAACGGGUGGCUGUGCUUGUACCUAUGUAUGCAUGUGAGUUGAUGAAGCGUGUGCAUGACGUGUAUAUAUGUGUAAAGAAAAAGGGGAAAAAGAAAAAAAUAAAUAUUAUUACGACUAGAGGCUAUUCUUCCUGAAACUUACAUUCUUGAUUCAGGGAAAACCGACUAGAUGGUUGUUGUUUUGUUAUAAAAAAACGAAAAGAAAAAAUGAAGGUACAAGUAUAGUUGAAUAAUGUGAUGAAUGUUAAAUUGUUUCUCAGUUUCUUUCUCCAGUUUCAUUCUUUAGAUCUUUCACAAGUUUUUUUAUUAUUGAGGGAAUAACUUUGUAGUUUUAAUUCCUUUUAAAACAUGAAGAACAUAUGAAGGCUAAUCUGCGGAUAAAGCAUUUCUGAUUUUGUAAACGUGUGUAUGAUGUUUGGAAAAGGAUAAAUAGAUAAAGAUUGUCGCGAUGAGAUAAUAAUUAA